UUAUUUUCUAUCUCGUGCCGUUUUUUUAACCGGAAGUUAUGCUAAGGACUUUUAAUUUAACGCUAAGUACCGAGGUGGAAAUUUGACAACACGGAAGUGGCGAGAUGGCACCGAGUGGACUGAAGGCGGUGGUGGGAGAAAAAAUUAUCAAUGGAGUCCUGAAGAGUGUGAAGAAAGAUGGCGAGUGGAAGGUGCUUAUUGUCGAUCACAUGAGCAUGAGGAUUCUGUCCUCGUGCUGCAAGAUGUCCGACAUCAUGGCCGAAGGUGUAACCAUCGUGGAGGACAUCAACAAGCGCAGAGAACCGAUCUCUAGUCUGGAGGCUAUCUACCUCAUCUCUCCUGUGCCAAAGUCGGUUCAUGCCCUGAUCAAUGACUUUAAAGACUCGGCUUUUACAUACAAGACUGUGCAUAUCUUCUUUACAGACACUUGUCCAGACGGUCUUUUUGCUGAAAUCGGAAGGUCGAGAGUCGCCAAAAGCAUCAAAACGCUGAAGGAAAUCAACGUAGCGUUCUUACCGUACGAAUCCCAGGUGUUCUCUCUGGAUGAUCCUGCUUCGCUGCACUCUUUCUACAGCCCCACCCGGACGAACCCAGACGAGCGGGCUAAAAUGAUGGAGGCCGUGGCCGAGCAGAUCGCGACGCUGUGCGACACGCUGAAGGAAUAUCCGGCUAUCUGUUAUCGCCAAGGUCCGAAGGAGAAUUUAGCCUUGGCUGAGAUCGUGCUGGAUCGCUUAAACGCACAUAAAGCGGACAACCCGAGCAUGGGAGAGGGUACGGAUAAAGCGCGCUCGCAGUUGCUGAUCGUGGAUCGCGGCUACGACCCGAUCUCUCCUAUCCUGCACGAGCUCACCUUUCAGGCUAUGGUGCACGACAUGCUGGACAUCGAUCAGGACAUCUACAGGUACGAAACCACCGGGCUCGGGGACAACAAGACGAAGGAGGUUCUCCUGGAUGAGGAUGAUGAGCUGUGGGUGCAGCUCAGACACAUGCAUAUUGCUGAUGUCACCAAGAAAGUGACUGAGCUGCUGCGGACCUUUUGUGAAAGUAAGAGGAUGAACACAGACAAGGCCAACCUUAAAGAUCUUUCCCAGAUGCUGAAGAAGAUGCCCCAGUACCAGAAAGAGCUGAGUCUGUACUCCACUCAUCUGAACCUGGCCGACGCCUGCAUGAAGAAAUUCAAAGCCUCUCUGGAUAAACUGUGUGAGGUAGAGCAGGAUCUGGCCAUGGGCUCGAACGCUGAUGGUGAGCCCCUUAAAGAUGCCAUGAAGAACAUCGUCCCCGUCCUGCUGAAUGCCGAGAUUCAACCCUACGACAAAAUCCGCAUAAUUCUACUCUACAUCUUUUACAAGAAAAAGGGCAUUGCUGAAGAGAACCUGACGAAGCUCAUCCAGCACGCUAACGUGCAGCAGAACAGCAACAUCAUCACAAACCUGCAGCACCUCGGCUGCCCCAUCAUCGCCGGCGGUGCUAGUGCUGGGAAAUCUCUGCCUGAGAGAAAAGAGCGGACCGGAGACACGUACCAGCUCUCCCGCUGGACCCCCAUCAUCAAAGACGUCAUGGAGAACAUUAUUGAGGAUAAGUUGGACAGAAAGCAGUGGCCGUUCCUCUCUGAUCCAGCGCCCAUCUCUACCACUCAGACUGUCGUGAGCAGUGCACGGUUCGGACACUGGCACAAGAACAAGGCGACGACGGAGUACCGCAGCGGCCCUCGGCUCAUCAUCUUCAUCAUCGGGGGCGUCACACACUCGGAGAUGCGCUCGGCUUACGAAGUCACCCGCGCUACUGACGGGAAAUGGGAGGUCCUGAUUGGUUCGUCCCACAUUCUGACCCCAACCGGAUUUCUGAACGACCUGAAGACUCUGGAUCAGCCGGCGAGCGCGUCUGCUCAGCAGUGACUCCUCGAAACGUCUCGGUCUGUCCGGAAACCCGUUCCACGUGUAUAAUUCUGUUUCAUCUGAUUAAGAGUAGUAAACCGAUCUAAACUUCUUUACAUUCUCUUUUUUUCUGCCUUUUCUAUCCGGAGAACAUGGUGUGUAUAUAUUUGUGGUAUUUAAAUAAUUUAAAAUGAGAUUUAUGGAGAUGUGACUGGAACCAGAGCCGUUUGGGAGGUUUUUCUGAUCUACAGCUGUGUUCUGUUCUACUGCCAGUUUACUUACACACACACACACACACACACUGGAUUCCCAGAAAACACACUGUAGCUUAUAGACUGCUGAUGAUUGCUUCUGUUUUAUUUCUUUUUUUAUGCGUACAGUUUGCUCACAUGAAGCAUCUGCACUUUUACCAGAUACACUUUCUUCUUUUCUUGAAGGAUAGAACAUGCUGAAUAGUAGCAUAAGGACACGAUACCCUUUUCUCCUGUAGUCAAGGCAGUGAUGAUGAUGAUGAUGAUGAUGAUAUAAAGCAUUUUUCCCUUU